AUGGAAAUUGUUAAUCUAGCGGGGUCACUGGGGCUUUCCCCUGCAAGCGGCAGCGGUGCAUCGCCUGUUCAGCGGCCGCAACAACAGCAGCACGCGCCCAACAGCAGCGGCGCUGUUUGCGACAACAGCAGCGCAGCGCACGCGGCGCCGGCAGCAGCAUUGACAACUACUGCCGCAGCGCUCGAGGCCGCGGACACCGCGCGGCAGCUCUGCGACCGCCACCUCGCCUCCCUCGCCGCCGAGCGCGCCGCGGCCGC